AUGUUACCUCUAGAAUACGAACGAGAAAUGAAACGUGGUCCAACUAGCUACUUCAUUGGCUUAAUCUUCGCAGCUGCAUUCACCUCCCUCAUGUUAUGGGUAGGUCUCCAUCGAAUGCGUCCCUUCGAUCCAAACUGCUCUAUCGAAUACUUUUACGUCCCUGCCCUCAACAAAACCCUAAACUCGCGACUCAAUACCACUCUCAACUUCAUGGUACGUCUAAAUAAUAUAAACAGUGACCAAGGAAUCUACUACGAUGAUGUCCACAUUUACUUCUCCAACGCUACCAAUUCCUCUAUAGCUAACUACACAGUGCCAAGAUUCUACCAGGGACACAAGAAAAAAGCCAAGAAGUGGGGCCAGGUUGUGCCUUUGAACAACCAGACGCUUUUAGGAGCGGUUUUGCCUAAUGGAUCGGCGGUUUUCCGAUUGGAUUUGAAGACGCAAGUGAGAUUCAAGGUUGCGUUUUGGAAAACCAAGAGGUAUGGGGUCGAGGUUGGUGCUAAUGUUGAAGUCAACGGUGAUGGAGUUAAAGCUAAUAAGAAAGGGAUUAACAUGAAAAAGUCGGAUGCUUCUGCUUCUAUACAAAGCUAUCUUCCGGUUUGUGUUUUGAUGAAUCUGCUUGUCUUCUUCUCGAUUUGUUAAACUGGUAAUGAUUUUGAAAUUUCAUUUGAUUUUGUGUUUUGAGAUUUUAUUGACUUUUUCAUGAUUUUAUGUCUUGAUAUUAUUGAGG